UCCAAAAUCUCUCUCUCUCUCUUCCUCUUCUCUCUGUUUCUCUCUCCUCCGAAAUGCUGACGAGAACUCCGCAAUCCUAGUCCCCCCAUCUUUAUGGACUCCGUACUAACAAAACCCACCACAUUCACUUCCUUAAGACGCCAUUUUUCCGUCUUCAACUCCACCCAAACAAACAAAAGAAGAGCCUCUUCUUCAAUCUCACUCUCCCACGCAAAAACUCCCUCAAAUCCCGACGACCCAACACUAAAAUCCUCUUUUCCCGAACACCCAUUGAAGCGAACCAUCCAAAGCUUCAUCAAAGGCCCAGCUUUCCCAGACGCCAAUGGCGUCAGGUGUCUGCGGAGCGACGGGCUAGGAAUGGCGCUGCUGAGCGUGACGGCGACGGCGCGGGUGAAGAUCAGUCCCUUCGUCGCGCAGCUGGCGGCGAACCCGACGUUCGUCUCGGGGCUGCUCGCAUGGCUGGCGGCGCAGUCGAUUAAGGUGGUGUUGAACUUCUUUGUGGAGAGGAAGUGGGACUUGAGAUUGUUGUUUGCCUCCGGCGGAAUGCCCUCGUCGCACUCGGCUCUCUGCACGGCCUUGUCGACGUCGGUCGCGCUCUGCCACGGCGUCGCCGAUUCGUUGUUCCCGGUUUGCUUGGGGUUUAGCCUUAUUGUUAUGUAUGAUGCUAUUGGGGUUCGUCGGCAUGCUGGUAUGCAAGCUGAGGUUCUUAACAUGAUCGUUGAGGACUUGUUUCAAGGGCAUCCCAUCAGCCAAAGGAAGCUGAAAGAACUCCUCGGCCAUACGCCAUCCCAAGUCCUAGCCGGAGCUCUCCUCGGGCUUGUGGUUGCUUGUGUCUGUUGUCAGGGUUUCUUAGUUGCAACCUAAACUACGUUUCGCAGGCAAUUUUGGUCAAAUUCGUCGAUGAUGACUUACACCAGUUGCUAUAGUUACAUGGCGUGUGGUGUUAUUAUGUUUCUAUUAUUCCUUCAAUUGUACAAGAGAAAUUGAGCUAUUGAAAAAUGAAUAUUAGAAUUGCUUUCUUCUGGGAAACUACUCGUCUGAUUCAUAGAUGGAACUUAGGCACAUGUUGGAGAACCCUGUGACAAGGUUCUGACAUUAAGAUAUUGUUUGUACUCAUUGUCUGCAAAAUUCCAUUUGUUCUCCACAGAAUGAGAGUCAUCUAUAGAGGAUUCCAGAAGUUGUAGUUGAACGGUCCACUACCCGACUUUGGUUGUAGUUGUCGCCAAACACUUAUUAAAUAAUCGACUUUCAUCCGCUCGUGUCAACUCUGUAUCAGAACAAUAACCAAAUAGCUCCUUCUUCUUUUUCCUUUUCAUCCGAAAUCCCACUUAAUUGUUGUUUUAUCGUGAAACAGAAAAGAUUUUAUAUCAUGUGAUAAUACUCUGAAUCUUAUCAUUUUUAAUGAAAAUUUCUGCUUGCAAGGCAGCAUGCUAGUUUUGU